AUGCGCUGGGAUGCAGGGACUGAGCUCCCCGGGCUAAGGGCACGGUCUGCGGCACCGCGAGCCAUCCGGGGCCUUAAAUCCCACAUACCCUGCUCAAACUACCUGCGGAAUGCGACUCCCGACAGCUCGCACAGAUCGGGCGGUCGUGGUCUAAAGAGAAACCGAAAGGCCGAUGCUCGCACUACCCAUCCUAAUGCCAGCAAACUGCCCUUAAAGGAUUCUUUCACUUAUGACGACUACAGAUGGGCAGUUUCCUCUGUUAUGACUCGGCAGAACCAGAUUCCAACAGAAGAUGGUUCCAGAGUUACACUGGCUCUAAUACCUUUAUGGGACAUGUGUAAUCAUACUAAUGGACUGAUCACUACUGGCUACAAUUUAGAAGAUGAUCGUUGUGAAUGUGUAGCACUUCAAGAUUUCAAGGCUGGAGAACAGAUUUACAUUUUUUAUGGCACUCGGUCAAACGCUGAAUUUGUGAUCCACAGUGGUUUUUUCUUUGAUAAUAAUUCACAUGACAGAGUGAAAAUAAAGCUUGGCGUGAGUAAAAGUGACAGGCUGUAUGCUAUGAAGGCAGAGGUCUUAGCUCGUGCUGGUAUCCCAACUUCUAGUGUUUUUGCCUUGCACUCCACUGAGCCUCCAAUCUCUGCUCAGCUUUUGGCUUUCCUUCGAGUGUUUUGUAUGAGUGAAGAAGAGCUGAAGGAACACUUGAUAGGUGAACAUGCCAUUGACAAAAUCUUCACUCUGGGGAACUCUGAGUUUCCCAUUAGCUGGGACAAUGAAGUUAAACUUUGGACAUUCCUAGAAGCCAGAGCAUCCCUUCUUUUGAAAACCUAUAAAACAACCGUGGAGGAUGAUAAAUCCUUCUUGAAGACUCAUGACCUUACUUCACAUGCAGUAAUGGCUAUCAAAUUGCGCUUGGGUGAGAAGGAGAUCCUGGAGAAAGCAGUGAAGAGUGCAGCUGCUAGCAGAGAGUAUUAUACCAAACAAAUGGCGGAUGGAGCUCCACUUCCUAAAUAUGAAGAGAGCAAUAUCGCCUUGUUGGAGAACACUGUGGCAGACUCUAGUCUCCCUAUUGUCUUGAGAAAUCUAGAAGAUGUGGAAGAGCAAGGAGACUUAAAGAUUGAUGAAGCCAUUGAUGCAGAAGUCACAGAGAAUGGGUUUGUAAACGGUGAAAACUCUCUAUUUAAUGGGACCAAAUCAGAAAGUGAAAAUCUAAAUAAGGAGAAGAGCAACAGAGGGACUGAAGAUGCCAAAGAAUCUUCUUCAGAAAGUACUGAUGAGGUUAAAGAAUAGUCCUAAAAUUUUACCUUCUUGUGAAAUUAAAUCAGCUGAAGUUUA